AUGGCUACCAGGUCUGAAGGGCAGUUCAAAUCAUCAGAGAUGCCCACCAAAAAACCCACUCAGACCACCACCUAUGAUGCUUUAACAUGGAGUCUGCGAGAUCGCCAGAGUCGGCAAACAUUCAACUGUGAUGUUUCAGUAGCAGGGAAUCUCGUGGAAGGUGCACCAUCACCACAUAGCCGCAAGUCACAGUUCCUAUUCUAUGUACCCAUUGCUGCAGCAGGGGACCCACAGGAGGCAGAGAAUUCCCACCUCCAACAACUGCCACUACCACUACCACCACCACCACCACCUCCUCCUCCAUUGUCUCCACCUCCACCACCUCCACCUCCACCAUCCCCUCCAUUGCCACCAGUAGCCACAUCAUCCCUACCUUUAUUAGAAGCAGAUGAUGAAAUGGUUAGGGCGGCAGGGCUGUAUCAAUUUGAUAGUGAUAUUCCGCUGCAUAUCGCACAACACUGGGAUUUGGCUCACCACUGCAUGUGGUCGGAUUGCAUACAACUCGAAUCUGACGAAGAAAUUUAG